CACCACUCUACAACAACCUCCACUUCGAUUCAAUCAACUCACACACCCCAACACCACCAUCAAAAUGGCUCUCUUCGGCUCCAGCUCCAGCACCCCCAACAACAACCCGCAGGAGGUUAAAAACACCAUCAAACUGCAACUGCAGCAAGAGGCCGCCAUGGCCAACGCCCGGAGUCUGAUCGGAAAAAUCAACGAACACUGCUACGACGCCUGCAUCCCCAGCCCCGGCUCCUCCGUCUCCCCGAAAGAAGAAACCUGCCUGUCGCAAUGCAUGGAAAAGUACAUCGCCACGUGGAACGCCGUCAGCAAGGCUUACAUCGGCCGUGUUGCGCACGAGAGCAAGCGUCUGGGUGGCCAGGAGAACACCAUCGCUAUGAACUCGCUUGCUGUGGCGCCGAAUGAUCAGUAGACCCUUUCUUCUUUCUUUGAUUGGGUUCUCUUUGCUGUAUUUGUGUCUGUGUCUGUGUUGAGUAU